AUGAAGAUAGCUGCAGUCUUGACCACCUGCUGGUUCAAGCUCUUCUGUUUUGUCACACUUGAAGUGCAUCUUGGCAACAGUAUCAUGUUCCAAGGUUUGCUGCGCACCUUGAGCCACAAGGAUUUGCGCUACAUUAUUGACCAUUACGACGGGACACAGCAGCUGGAAGAGCUUGUGCAAGAGGCGCAGCAAGCCUUGCCACUUGAGGGGCGCACUGAAGGUUGCAUGCCAGAUGCGCCUGGUGUGGCCGCCAUCAGCCGCUUCCACCGGCUAGAGCUCAUAGAUCCAACAGCUGAUGCCGCCGUUUUUGGAGAUGCAAAUUUGAGCUUUUCGUUGAACCUCGUGAGACACCGGAAAGCAUUAGGCCAUGUUGGCCGCGUCAUUGCCACCACCUUUGAAUCCCGAGAGGUGCUUCGAGAGCGUUACAAGGAGAUUGAUGAAACCAUCAAGACCCUUCAGGACCGCACUUUGCCGAAGUCCACCAUCAGAUAG